AUGCCGAAAAAAUUAAAAGUGGUUGUAAAAUCUUUGUAUUCUCAUGAAAUUCGUAAAGAUGUCAGCUUAGAUAAUUUAAAAUCAUUAAAACUUGAAGACGCAUGGCCUUUUAUCAGAGACGAAAUAGAGAUUGAAAUCGGCAGUAGCCAGUUGGUUUGCAUCCCGCAUAUUACCGAAGCAGAUUUAUAUAAAGUGACUUCGCUUUUUGUGCAAAAUGAAAAAGAAAUGAACGGUAAAAUGUUUACACCCCUCGGUCAGCUAAAUAAGAAUAUCAACAAAGAGAAAUCGCACCCUGAGUAUGUUCAAUGGCUUGAAGAGGAAAAUUUUCAGGAUCCUGACUUUAAGUUUCCACAUGAGAGCGUAAAGAUAACAUUGCAAGAUGAAUCUAUCAAAAAUAAAGUACGAGUUAUUAUGGUUAAUUUUACAAGAAAUAUUAUUCCAAAAGACAAAGAUUUAGUAAACAACAUAUAUUUGGAUAUUGAUAAUAAUAAAGAUCUCAAGGGGAAAAAAUCAGUAUACAUGAUUACAAAUGUGCUGUUAGCGAAAACCAUAGAGUUCAGGGUAACCAGAGGGACAUCAUCAAGAAUCUUCCAUUUAGGGAAUGCAUCACCACUAGUAUUUGGUUUGGAAGAGUUCCUUAUUGGCGAUGAUGGAAAACUUAUUGCUAAGGAGCCAGUGACUAUCAAGUCUAAAGCCCUUCAUUGGCAGAAGCUGGAUCCAUCGGACCAACUCUACAUCGCCGAGAAAAAAGAAGUAUCUUGCGAGAACUAA